AGAUUGAGUUUUUUGGUCACAGAAGCUGAAAAUGGCAGAGCUUUGUUGUUAAUUCUGAUCACUAGUUUGGCUUCAAAAAGUAAUGAGUUAAGGAGGGCUAGAAAGACAGUGGAUGGGAGGACCCAGUUGCUGAGAGCGUUUUCUGAGUGAACACUGGUGGAGAGACAGAAGGGGAAAGAAAACUUCAAGUUAUCAGCUCGGUAACUUUGUAUAAAAACUUUUUUAUUUAUUUAUUUUUUUUUUUGACAGAGCCUAGCUCUAUCGCACAGACCGGAGCGCAGUGGAGCGAUCUCGGCUCUCUGCAACCUCCACCUCUCCGGUUCAAGCCAUUCUUGUGCCUCAGCCUCCCGAGUAGCUGGGAUUACAGGCGCGCGCCACCACGCCAGGAUAAUUUUUUAAAUUUUCAGUAAGGACGGGUUUUAACCAUGUUGGCCAGGAUGGUCUCGAAUUCCUGACCUCAAGUGAUCCGCCCACCUCGGCCGCCCAAAGUGCUGGGAGUACAGGCCUGAGCCACCGUGCCCGGCCAGAAACACUGAUUUUUAUCAGUAAUGAUUCCACACCCUUUUAGGAUAUUACUAACAUUUAAAAGAAAAUAUACCCAACUUUUGAAAUUCGUGCUCCACUCCAGCAACUGCUUUCAAUCGGAGUUCCAUCCUCCGCCGCAGUAUGCCCUAACGCAGCGUUAUCUUCAGAGCUACCACCGGCUUCCGAAACCUUUCGGAGGAGCGCUUCGCCACCACCUGCACGGCGGAGCGGCGCGUAAACGAACCUCGAACGCCAGCCUUUGCGCCUGCGUGCCGCCGCUCCGUUUGGUUCCGCUUCGCUGGCGCCCGCCGGGCUCUUCCCCCGCCGAGGCCUGUGGUUUGUGGAGUCGAACUUCCCUGCCACCAGUGCCCGGUUAGCAGGGGCGCCAGCCUGGGCGCUUGCGCGGACGGCGGGCGUCGUCACCAUGGCAGCAUCCGCUGGAGGCCCAGGAUCUUGGAGUGAAAAUAUACUGGAAUAUUUUCUGAGAAAUAGCCAGAUUACAGCAGAAGACGGUGCUGAGAUCACCUGGUAUCAUGCAGCUAACCACAAGGCACAAACAAAUGAGGCACUGAAAAGUACUGCUCACAUGAUAGAGGCUGAUGUCCUUCUUCCAAGUGAUGGAUCAGAACACAGCCAGCCAAUUAUGGCCCAUCCCCCUGAAACAAACAGUGAUAAUACUCUACAGGAGUGGCUGACUGAAGUUAUGAAAAGCAAUAAAGGCAUCAAGCUGGAUUUCAAAAGUCUGGCAGCUGUAGAACCAUCCAUGAUGCUCUUGGAAAAUGUGAAGAGGCAUCUGAAGCGUCCUGUAUGGAUUAAUGCCGAUAUUCUUCCUGGUCCAAAUGGAAAUAGCAAAGUAAUAGAUGCAAAACCAUUUUUAGACACCGUGACAUCCUUCUUUCCAGACGUGACGUUUUCCCUGGGUUGGACAACAGGAUGGCAUCCUGAGAAAGUCAAUGAAGGGUACAGUUGGACAAUGGUGAAAGAGAUGGAAUAUAUAUGUAAUGAGCUAAGUCAGCCUGUAACGUUCCCUGUCAGAGCAGCAUUACUCAGGCAGUCUUGUUCUCAGUUACUUUGGCUGUUAAAGAAAUCAAACAGGUACAGCCUGACUAUUUGGACUGGAAAAAAUGAUAACUAUUCCGUUGAAGAUUUACUUUACAUUAGAGACCAUUUUGACAAAAAACAAGUUUUCUAUGACAUCUUGGAACCACAAAACCAUGAAUUUAAACAAGCCAUUGGAAUCAAAUUUAAUCUCUAAGAAGAAGAUUCUCAAUUAUUUCCUGUGUUUUGGUUUCAUAAUCCUUCUCUCCAUUGGUCUGAAUUAAUUACCAUAUAAAUUAUGGUUAUUGAUUGACGUUCCAAGUCA